GCCAGCGGGGAAGAAAGAAGCCGAGCGGGCGGAAGGCGCCCUCCCUGCCGCCUGGGCCCGGGCACCGGGUGCCGGGCCCGGGGUCCUUCCCGCCUCCCGCGGCCGCCGGCCGCUUUGUUUCCCCAGCCUCUGCGCUCUGGGCAACUCAAGAGGGGCUCCCGCCUGGGCUGCACGGGGAUCGCGGCGGCAGGAAGGGCGGCCGACCGCGCCGGGACUCGCAGGGACCCAGGAGUCCGGCCGCCAGGAGGGCCGCGUGACGAGAUCGAAGAGGGAGCCGGAGCUCCGCGGCCCAGGGGUGCGGGCCGGGGGCUCCCGUGAGCAGAGAUCUCUCCGUCGAGGGGGGGCGAUGUUCCCCUCGCCCGUGGGCUCUUCGGGCAGCCAGGGCAUCCCGCCGCUGGGACCAGGGCCCCCGCAGUGGGCACCCCCCCGGGUGGUUCCAUGGAGACUCUGUGCCCCGCUCCCCGCCUCGCAGUGCCGGCGUCCCCGCGAGGGUCGCCCUGCUCCCCCACACCCCGGAAGACGCGUCGGGGGACCCAGGAGUUCUCUCCGCUGUGCCUGCGUGCCCUUGCCUUCUGCGCCCUUGCCAAACCCCGGGCGUCCUCUCUGGGCCUGGGGCCUGGAGAGCUGGCGCCGCGGGCCCCGGUGCUGCUGGGCCCUCAUGCCCCCCUGUGCACCGGCGGCUGGGCCCCGGAUGGCCUGAAGCACCUCGCGGGACAGGCCGGGCGGUACAGCGAUCCCAACUCCCCGGCCAGCCAGGAUGCCGACGCCGCUGUGUGCCGGGGCCGCGGCGAGGAGGAAGAGGGCGGAGGCAGUUUCCCGCACUUCGGCGCUCGCUCCGGCGUACCUCCCGGCCGCUGCCCGGCGCCCCGGCGCCCUCGGGAAUCUCCGACCAGCUCCGUCUCGGCUCCGCCUAGGCCAACCCCGGGUCUCGACUCCCAGUCUGGCCCCGCCGCCAGCCCGCAUCAGGAACCGGGUUCCCGGCCUCCGCCGCCACCUGCGGGCCUCUCCUCUGAGCCCGCGGGGCCCGGGACAGCGCCGGAGCCGCCCCCGCCGAGCCAGACUGCCGCAGUCGAUGGAAACCCCCCGAAGGCCGCCCCCGAGGCAACGGCCGCCAGCCCCUCGACGGCCAGCGAAGCUCCGGCGGCGCCCGGCGAUCUCCGCCAGGAACAUUUCGAUCGUCUGAUCCGCCGCUCGAAACUUUGGUGUUACGCGAAGGGCUUCGCCCUCGACACUCCAAGUUUGCGCCGGGGGCCUGAGCGGCCCCCAGCCAAAGGGCCCUCCCGGGGAGCCGCCAAGAAACGCCGGCGGCCGACACCCCCCCAGCGCAGCGCACAGCCCCGCCGUCCUGCACCGACGCUCCCCACCACGAGCACCUUCAGCCUCCUCGACUGCUUCCCCUGCCCCCCGGCCCUGGUGGUGGGGGAGGACGGAGACUUAGGGCCGGCAUCCUCUCUUCGUCUCCAGGGAGACUCUAAGCCCCCGCCUGCCCACCCGCUGUGGAGGUGGCAGAUUGGGGGUCCCGCUGUCCCUGAGCCCCCCGGCCUCAAAUUCUGGGGGAUCAACCUGGAGCAGCUCUGAGCGUGAGACCUCUUCUGCCAAAGGGGAAAAGUGGGGGCCACAGCCAAACAGCGGGCUCGAGGACAGAGCCUCAUUUCUCACCUUUGCCUGUCCUCUUCAGGUUUUAUGGGCUGUGGUCAAGAGGGACCUCAAAUGACAGUGAUCUUCAAGCACCUAACUGGUUGGGGUGACACCCCCUCCCCCUCAUCCUUUGGAGACGAACCAAGGGCUGGAGUCAGGAGAAGGCUUAAUCGGAAAAGGCUUAAAGACAUAGAUUCCAAUCCCUCGCCUCUUCCAUCUCGGAUCUCUGGGGGCAGGGCCUUCACCCCAGGGGGAGCCGAGGAGGCUACAGCUCAAAGACAAGGAAAAAAAAAAGAGGGAGAGAGAUCUUGGUGAUGGACAAACCGGUUGUUUCUGUGGGCGAGCCUGGGGAUUGGGGUGGGGGGGCCCUGGUGGGGGUGGGGAGGUGAUUGGCAGCUCCCGGGGGCAUCCCCCACCCGCACCAUCCAGGCCUUUAACCCUUCACUCCCCUCGGGCCUUCCCUAGUCUCCGGGCACCACUGCAGCGUUCAUGGGGGAGGGAGCAGCUUAGGCAAGGGGGAGAUCACCCCCUUCCGGUUCUUUUCCUAGGGACCCCCAAGUCAAGUGACCCCUAGUUACCGAGAUCUUCAUUCUCAGCCACCAACCUUUCCCCUUUGUCCAGUUUUGGAGUUCGCCUCUUCAGUAUUCCCCGUUUGCUUUCAGGUUAUAAGGUCGGAUGGGUAAAAGAGGACUCCCUCCCAUAAGUCAGCCCCCUCCGCCAGUUUACUCCUCAUAUUAGGAGGCGCACGGCUGAGGGACCUCCUCCCCUUCAAAAGUGCAGACUUUGUCUGGGGAAGGGGCCAGAGACCAUCCCAGGGAAAGUAAUGGAAGGUGGAAGAAAUCAAUAAAAUCAGACCAAACAAGUUGCCUUUCCAGGUCCUCGCCACCGGUUUAAGGAUGGAGGGUGUGGAGGUAGAGGGCAGGCCUGGGUCCAUUCUUUGAACACCCGAACUGAGACCCCUUCAAGGCUAGAAAGAAGACAAGCUGCUCUUUGUGGAGGGGGUAAACGAAAGGGCUCUUGGCCUAACCACAAGGUCCGGUGGGUUUUGAAGGGGCAAAGUUUGGGUUUGGACGGGAACUGGGCUGAGGAACCUUUAGCAUCCCCCCCCCCCCACCCAACUUCAGGCAUUUCGGGAGUUGUCAGGAACCUGAUGGAUCCGAAAGGGGCAGGGCCAGGGGAUUAGUUUUGAGGUCAGAAGUUCUGUUUUCCUGGGGGAGGGGAGUGAGUCAGAGGGGAGUGGAGUUGCUUUCUCCUCCACCCAGGUGAGGUCUGGGGAGUUUAGCUCUUGGGGAAAUUCCAAGUUUAGGUGUGAGGGGAACCUGGGGGUUGCCGAUCUUCCCAACAACUGAGGGACCCAGUGACCCUUCUGCCCACACUAGUGAAUAUCGCCCCCUUUUCCCCCAAGACGGGACAAGGGAGGAACAAUUCCCACAUAUGAUACUGGGGAAGGACUUGUCUCCUUUUCUGUGAAAAUGCUUUGUAAAAAGUUGUUAAUGUUUGCAUAGAGCAGAUUCUCGAGAAAAACUGUU